AGAGGUGAAGACGAGAGGAGAGAGAUGCAGGUAUAUAAAGCUGCUGUGUGACAGAGCAUCAGUGGAACACAUGAACACAUUUCCAGACAGAGAACAGAGGACACAAAAACAAGAAAAGAGGGGAAAGGGAAGAAUCCUCAAAGACAUGCAGCCAAACGAGAUGAACGUUUUUCUAGCUGUGUUUUGCGUGCUCAGCAUCCUCCAGCUCUGUGACGGAGUAUCCAGCAGUGGAGAAUGCUACUUCAACUCAAAAGCCAGCUGUGAACACAACGGCCGUGUAUUUGACAUUGGGGAUGUCUGGAUAAAUGAUGAAUGCUUCCAGUGUGUGUGUUUCGAGCCGUUUGGAGUGGGCUGCUGUGAACUUGGAAAGCAGCCAGUCGAUUACCCGCCCUGGUGCGAGGCCAUUAGGAAAGCAGACUCCUGCACAGUUGCUGUGGUGAUGAAGGCCAACCAUAAACUUCCCUGUCUGUUUGGUGGGAAGAGCCGCCUUUGGAAAUCAGAGAACGACGCACUCUUCUAGACUACACUACUGAAUUCACUCAUGCAAAACACUCAUUUAGCCCAAAUAUACAGAUUAUUCACCAUGUUUAGCCCAAAUAUACAGAUUAUUCACCAUGUUUACCAAUAUAAGAAAUGUACACACAUCGAACAAAAGUUGGGGUCAGGAAGACAUUUUACGGUUUUUGAAAUGACUAUUGAUUUAAAAUAACUGUUGCCUAUUCUAUUUUAAUGUAUUUUCAGUCUUUAGUGUCACGUGAUCAUUUUAAUAUAUAUUUGAUGCUAAAGUAACAUCUCAUUAUUAACAAUGUUUAAAAUAGCUUAAUAUAUUUGCAGAGGAUUUUUUGAGGAUUAAAAAAAAAAUGAUCUUACUGACCCAAACAUUUGAUCAUUAGUGCACACACAGUUUGCAUUAUUUAAAAUGAUUAAACUACUGAAUCCAAGUACAGUAGGGUCUUACAUGUCUAAUCCCAAUCAUUUCAGAAUGUUUUAAAUAUAUAAAAAAAAAUCUAAAAUGUAAAUUUUUGCUUAAAUUUAAAAUGACCCGUAUGUAUACGACUAAAAACUAAAAGCUGAAACUAGCAUUUUCCCCAUGAUGAAUAAACAGUACUGAUGUCCAUCUUGAAACUGUGAUAUUUGUCUCUAAAUAAAUAUCAGUGACUGUUUGAGAAAGCAUUUCUGAGUCUUUAUUUCUAGAAAACCACUCAACAUAUUAUUGCUAUAUAAAAUGGAAAUAACCUCUGCAUAUGCAAGGAAACCAGAAGAGACCCAGAUCCUGAGAAACACAGGGGUUCAGUGACAGUAAAAAUCAUGGUCUUUAUUUAAAAAAAAGAAUUUAGGUAUCAUUACACAAGAUACAGACAGUAACAAAGUGAUUACACAUCAUUGUGGGCUUUUUUCCAGUUAAAACUAUGUGUUCACCCCUUUUAAUCUUUAUACUAUAAAGUGUUACAUUUCUCUCCCAUUUACUGUGUUCAUAAUACAUAUUUAGAUCUGCACGGCCUUUGGACCUUUUGAAUCUGGCAGUGCCACCGCUUUAAACUCACUGAAAAGAAUAAUAAUAAAAAAAAUCAUCUUCAACCUUUCUUCCCUGGGUAGUAUAUGGCUCUUUAAAGCAAAUAAAACAAACUGAAGAACAAAACUGUCCUCCUGAAGAAACCUUGACUUUCUCUGGCCUGCUCUGCUCAACAGCUGUCCUCUAGAAGCCCAUAACAGUGCAGGAUAUCAAAUAGUGGUUUGCAAAACUAAAUUUGUGUUAAAAUGCAGGGGGAUUAAACCCAAACAAAUAACGCAUAUAUUACUCAACUCCAAAUGGAAGCAAAUGCUUUUAAUAAAAAAACAAAAAGGUCCUCGAGGCAUGGUUGUACA